CAGCCCUGCUACUUUUUUUCAGAUCUAUAAAUCUGACGCAACGUCCCGAAGAACUCUGUCAGGUUGGACAGUGUGGGGUUUCCCUGGGGACCUUGACCAGAUGGCCGAGCUAUUCACCGAGCAGUCCGCUGUGUACGCCGCAGCACGCCCGGCGUACCCGAAGGAUCUGUUUACCAAGCUCUCGGCGCUCACUGCUCACCACCGCCGCGCUUGGGACGUCGGUACUGGCAAUGGCCAUCGCGCCCACCCCGUGCAGGUCGCGGAGCACUACGACAGCGUGGUGGCCACGGACGCGUCCGCGGAGCAGCUGCGGCACGCCGCGCCACACCCCAAGGUCCGGUACCUGCACACCCCCGACGCCACGCCGGGGGAGGAGGACCUCGUCGCCAUGCUGGGCGGCGAGGCCAUCGUGGACCUCAUCACGGUGGCGCAGGCCGUGCACUGGUUUGACCUCCCGGCGUUCUACGGCGUGGCGCGCCGCGUCCUGCGGAGGCCCGGCGGGGUGAUCGCGGUCUGGGGCUACAACUACCGCAUGAGCCCCGUGGAGGACAUGAUGUCGCGCUUCUUCGACACCACGCUUCCCAGUAGAGACCCCCGAGCUCGGUAUUUGACUGACGGAUACCGGGACCUGCCGUUUCCCUUCGAGGACGUCGGGCUUGGGAAGGAAUUAGGAGAGCCGGCGAGCCUCGACAUGGAGCAGGAGAUGUCGUUCGAGGGUCUGAUCGACAUGCUGAGGUCCUCAUCGGCGGUGACAACGGCGAAGCAGCAGGGCGUGGACCUGCUGGGGGAGCGCGUUGUGAAGGAGCUGGAGGAAGGGUGGGGAGGGCCGUCGCUGGUGCGGAAGGUCACCUACAAGGCCUUCCUGCUGGCAGGUACCCCGGGGCCGAAGGCUGAUGAGUGAUGAUGUCGCUCAUCUUCCUGCGAUUGAACUAGGAGUAAUAAUCAUCUGUGUUUCGCGAAUAACAUGGCAUUAAAUUUUUGCAUUGUGUUGCAGUUCCUGUAGCAAGGUUUGCAAUGAUUCGAUGGAGGUUAGUGACUGUUGUGACAGGGGUUAAAUAGCGGUUGUUGCGGAUUGCGCCCAUGCA